UCCAAGCUCCCUGCCUGCACCCAUACCUCGCGUGGCAGCGGGACUCGCCCAUGGGAACAUGCCACACCCAUCGCAAGGCAUCAUCUCCCCAGACACAACCAUGGCACCGUAUCUUAGCAACCGCCUCAUGGAGCUGGCAAAUGAACAUCACCGAUUGGCCAGUCUUGAAAUGACGUCACCAACAGGUAGAACAAACGGUCCAAGUGGAGAGGGCGAUGGUAAUCGAGUUGGUGUUCGAGGUGGUGAACAGAAGGAGAAAACGGAGACAGAGAAUGAAGAAGAUGAAGGCGUUCAAACGGACGUAGAAUCUCCCACCACAGAAUAUGCAGGUCGGAUGAUGCCGAGAAUCGAACCAGGUGAACAAGAUUUCUUAACGACAUCGCCAUUCGUACAUCCCAUGUCACGUCUGAUGAAAAUGGAACGGUCACGCUCUCGGUCACCGCCUCCAUCCCGAUCGCCACGAUCUCCACGCUCACCACGUUCACCACGAUCACCUCGUGAGCUGUUCGGGGGAGAUCGUGAUGACGCAAGUCAGGAGGAGGAACGAAGAAUUAUGGAAGGUAUGCAGCAGAUGUCUGCAUUUCAUCCAAGCGGCAAAGGUUUUCCACAUCACCUCAUACCGGCCACCUCUCUAGCAGAUAUAUCUCGGGCACCGGUGGCUUCUGCAGCAGCCGCCGCCGCAGCUGCAGCGUCUCGCCUCGCUGCAGCGACGGGGCUCUUCCUUCCCUUCGGAGCAUCUGCAAACGGACCGCACAGUCUCGCUCUCUCGGCCGUAGCCGCGUCUGCCGCCGCUGCUGCAGCCGCGGCGUCCCCGAACCGCGGCGGUUUUCUACCGAUGGGCAGAAAUGACGCAACUGCAUCACAACUCCAGCUGGCGCCCUUCCCACUCUUUGUCAAUUCAGCCACGGGGUGUUGGACCAUGAUAAGACCUAUGGAAUUCACUCAAAACAUGAUGGAUAUGAAGACUUCAUCUUUUACAUGAUGGAUUGUAACUGGAGGAAAGAUCGACAGUCUGGACAAAAUUAUAUAAUUUCCUGCAAAGAAUGAAAAUAAAACGAAUAAGUAGAAUAUAUUCAUUUAAAGUUUAUGAUUAAUUUUGUAUUCAAAUUAGAAUUCGUCCGCUGAUUAUUAGAUUUACAUUAAUGUAUAACAUUCCAUUUAAUUUUGGAAUUUGUUAAGACUUUAUUUCAGUUUGUCUCAUAUAACUACAGAAAUGAAGCGAACCUCAUAGGUACUAAAUGUUUUCACUUAUAUUAUUAUGCACUUGUUUUUCUUUAAAAAUAGUAUGUAAUUUUAUUACUGGUCAAGUGGUUUCACAUUUCAUUAUAAUGAUUUCUUUGACAUCAUCACACCAUUAAGAACUUAGUGAUAGAGUAGGUUCGUUAAUUUAAAACAGGUAGAUAAUGGAAGCUAAUUCCUUUUUUUAAAUGAAUCUAUAGCCCUUUCUUUCAGCAAUUAUCUUCACGUUAUCAUAUUCGAUUUUUCACUUAUUUCAAAAAUUGAUAGACAACGCUUUUAAAAAUUGCCUAAUAAAAAUUUGUCGAAAGUCAUUGCGAUCAUGUCUUUAUAGUCGAUGAAGAAAUUCACAAUGUAUACUGAUUUCUUCAGAAUAACACCAACGUCUAAAAACAAACUGUUACAUGAAUCCAUGUUUAUUUGUGAAAAUGUUUCGUUCAUACCCAACGUAUUACUUAUCAACCUGAAUGUGUGUGAGACAACUCACAUAUUAAUGUCGCAAUAGGCCGAGGAAGAGAAAAAAGGUCAAGUAAAUGCCAAACUUGCUGAACAAAUACAUUGUGGUCCGUUCAAUUUACGUUUCUUGCUCAUCGGUGUAUUUGGCUACAAAUUUAGUCAUAAUCCCGAUUCGUGCUAGCAAUCGGAUCAAAUUUUGGCUACUUUCAAAUACCUGCAAAUGCCCACUAAUACAGAAUUGUAAAAAAGGUCACAUAAUAAUAUGUAAUCCAUUGAAUCAAUUAGCAUUCAAUAUACCUGAAGUAAUGUUGAAGUUGUGAAUUUGAUAUCGGGUUGUUUAUAAAAUAGUCUAGCCGUACGCUUUGCAAAAUAGUGUCACCUGCAAAGUUCAAAGGUGACAGGUUGGAUAAUUUAGUUUUGAUUUUAAAUAGCAUGAAAGAUUGCCUGGGAACAAAAUAAGGAACAAGUUAAUUUAGAUCUAAAAGAUGGAACGCUGGAAUCCACUGAAAACAUUAGGAUGUUGACUGGUACAGUUGCAUCGUAGAUGUAUCAAGCGCUAUAUAAACACAGAAUCUUGUUAUCUAUCAUUACGUCUGCAUGAAUGUAUCGUUAUCCAAGCCGUUAGCAUGAGAUGAUUAUAAUUUUCGACGCAUUUGUUAACUGCAAUUUUCGUUAACCACACCAGCAAUGCAGAGACCAUGGGGGCACCAUGGGUAGGGGCAAGUCACACCCCCGGCUAGUUCUAGUCAAAUACAAUAUCAGAUAUAAAGGUCUUCGUUUGAUUUUCUAGCUUGCUCCUUUUCAUUUUACGAUUGGCCGAGGCUUACUCCUUCUGAUCCUGGUGUCAUCACUGUGCAUAUUAAUUAUUUUUGUUUAAUCCAUUCUUAUAAGAAUAAAAACUUAUAAGAAAUCGACCAUAGAACAUACAAAUUAGUAAAUAUGUAGGCCUAAAUUGAUCCAACGAAUGAUCAACUUUGAAUUUGACUUUAUGUUUUAGGUUGUACUUCGAUCAAUAUGAAAAAUAAAACCUAAAAAAUUGCCAGAAACUAUGAAUUUGCUAACAGAAAACAGAUCCAAAGUACUUUCUUUUGCAUUUAUUGCUUUAUUGUAGUGAGAAUUUGUAGAAUGUCUAUCAUCUUAUAUAUAUUUUGUAUUUGGGCAUUAUUGCUGAAUAUACAGCAGAAUGCACUGUGAAUACCAC